CACCAGCAGUAAAGAUGGCGUCCCCCGUCAAGUCGAGAAUAUUCAGUGUUAUACUCUUCAUUUUUGCUAUUUCUUUUCUAAUUGUACAAUGUACAGACACCAAAUCGAAAAAGAAGAAAGACAUUCGUGAUUAUAAUGAUGCUGACAUGGCGAGACUUCUGGAACAAUGGGAGGAAGAUGAUGACAUUGAGGAGGGUGAUCUCCCUGAACACAAAAGAUCCCCUCCCCCUGUAGACUUCUCUAAAGUGGACCCAUCCAAGCCCGAAGAACUUCUGAAAAUGUCCAAGAAGGGGAAGACGUUGAUGGUGUUUGCGUCUGUGUCAGGGAAUCCUACCGAGAAGGAGACGGAGGAGGUCACUAGCUUGUGGCAGUCGAGCCUCUUCAACGCCAACUAUGAUCUUCAGAGGUUCGUGGUGGGCUCCAACCGUGCCAUCUUCAUGCUGCGUGACGGCAGCUACGCUUGGGAGAUCAAAGACUUCCUGGUGGCCCAGGACCGCUGUGAAGAUGUGACCGUGGAAGGCCAGGUGUACCCUGGGAAAGCUGCCAAGCCAGAUGCCAAGGGAAAAGAUCAGAAAGACGCCAAGAAAAAGACAGAUAAAAAAGCAGCCAACAAAGCUAGCAAAAGCAAGCAGGAGCUCUGAUGUGGCGUCUUCAUAGUGGCCUCCCAGCGGCUUCUGGGAGACGUGAAGGGCAGCUGUGACUCAGCGAUUUCACAUGAAAACAGCUCAAGGGACGCUGGGAAUGACAGUCGUGACGUCACUGCUUGGUCAACCAGGCUAUUCAACAUUUUUCCUUCAAUAUUUGCUCAGUGGAAAUGUUUGGUUGUUUUUGUUACAGAAUUCACUGAUGCAUUUACUGUUAACGAUGAGUUGUACCCGGUACUGUUCUGUAUCCUACACAUGAUAAUUUGUUGAUUUCUAGUGACUUUUUAAAUCCAUGUUUACCUGUGCUGAUAUCCAUUUUGCCUUAUUCGAACAGGAUAAAUGUAUCCAAUUUUUAAAUAAGGUACAUGGUAAUGACAAUUACUUUAUAAUUGCAUUACAAUUCCAUUUGUGUUUUCAGUGUUUAACUCUAUGAUUCAAUGCACUUCUUUUUGAGUUUUCUGAGUUUGUAAAAUGUUCACUGUUUUAUGUUCACUGUGAAUGUCCUUUUCCCCUGUCAUGCACACAACCAAUGCAAAGGCAAACAAGCAUGUAAUUCAAGGUUUGGAAUGUGUGUGGGCUAGAUCAAGGCUCAGAAUUGCUUUUUGAAAAUUCCGUCUGAUAAUCCAACUAUAAAUAAACCUACAUUAGGGAUUUAUUUCAUAAAA